AUGGUGCUGCUGGCGCGACUGCAGCGCUACAGUCGGCGGCAGUACGUCGUGGCCCUAUUAGUGUCCUCCCUCUUCCUUGCAAUUAUCGGCCAGAUACAAGCGCUCCCAGUGCUGUUCGUGCUCUCUCUACCCGUGCUUCUCUUCUUCCGCUGGGUCUUCCGGCAACAGCAGCAUCAUGGCGUCACAGAUCGUGAGAUCGAGCAGCUUCUGAGGACAUUCCUGGGCGGGGCCUUCCUCAUUCCGGCGCUGGCCGUCGUGGGCCAGGUUACGCUGGGCCCAUUACUGGCCGCGCUGUGCUUUUUCGACCAACGGGGCUCCAUCCAGAACCAACUGCACAAGUACUUCUACGCUCCCAGUGAUGGCCGGGCUGGACCAGUGCACGGCCCGAAUCUAGGCAAGAUGCUGAUGGAUCUGAAGCUCGACAAGACCUUCGGCUACUACUUGUUCCUGUUUGGAGGGGCUUACAUCGUGGCCGGACUUGUGGAGGAGUUCCUGAAGUUCUGGGGCAAGAACGGAUCCGUGCCUGCGUUUUCCGCGCUGAAGCAGCGCCAACAACGACGCGGCUUUUCCGUGAUGGAGAACACAGGCUUCGCGCUUGCGGCUGCCACGUUUCGCGACAAGAUUGAGACUGCAGCUCUACGCAGCAUCUCAAGCGUGCGAAUGGCGGAACGACUUUUGGCUCAUCGUCAGGGUGGAAGCGAGCAGAGAGGAACGAACGCAGCGAAGACGGACCUAGGACGGUGGUGCACGAAGAUCUCGGUGAUUCUCCCAGCAGUUCUCAUCCACGGCACAUUUGACGCGCAGCUAUUCCUGCUCAUGGCACUAGUGUCGAAAGAAAUGGAGGCUGCCCACCCGACGCUGUAUCGUACCGUGAUACCGACGAUUCUCUGCUCGGUCGGGAUUCUGGCCAGCUUCCUGUAUUUGCGCCGGUCGCUGCAUGCGAUGGAGAGGCGAAUGAACGAGACCAGGUAUAUGCACGUCGCCGUCGACCUUGAGUCUGGCCAGAGGUUGGGAGCACUAAACGGAGGUUUUGGCGACGAGAUGGACUUCUUUGGCAACGAUGGUGACGAUGAUGAUGACAGCGAUGCUGAGGACGAGUCUAUCGCUCAAGAAGGUGGUAACCGCAAGUUCGAGCCGCCGACCAAGGAAGCCGAUGUGACGGUCAACAUCGCUGAUGGUGACAACAACAGCAGCAACUACCAAGGUGUCGACUCCAACGGUAUCGUCACGGGCCGCUGGAAGACCGGCAUCUUCGGCUUCACCGACUCUUUGGUGCCCAAUGGUAUCAUGUCAUGCUGCUGCCCCGGUGUUGCGGUGGCUCAGAUCUCGGCUCGCCUCGGCCUGAUGCCGUUCUACCACGUGCUCGGCGUCUUCGGUGGCCUGUACCUGGUUACGCUCAUUGCGGCGGUGACCGACAGCGACUUCUUCGAGUUCCUCUGCUGGCUGUGCUCGGUCAUCGCAGCUCUGUGCCUCACGCGUCUACGCUGGCGCAUCCGCACGCUCUUCACGAUUCCCGGGUCGCACUUUGAGGACGCGGCCCUCAGCUUCUGUUGCGGCUGCUGCUCCAUCGCUCAGAUGGCGUCGCACGUCGAGUCGUACGAGCCGGGCACCUUCGCCUUCGCUCCGCGCACCACACUGCCAGGCUACUCGCAGAGCUAA